UACUUCAGCCAGGAGGCACUGUCAGUUGUGAGCUGUAUCACUCCUACACCACUUCAAGCCACUGGAUUAUAUGCAGCAGAUACCACGAUGGGGGCAAAUUCAAGUUCACCUGAGGGCUUAGCCAAAGUUCGAGAACAGACAAGACCGAGAGAAGCAACACCUUUCAGACUUCUCACAGUAAGGAUAAUGAGAGCCAGAAAUCUCCAGAAAGCAGAUAUUUUUACUGAAUCUGAUUGCUAUGUGUGCCUAUGGCUGCCAACUGCUUCAAGUGAAAAAGUCCGGACCAAAACUGUUCCCAACACUAAAGAUCCAGUGUGGAAUCAAGCCUUUUGCUACAGGAUUGACAGCCGUGUAAAGAAUAUUCUGAAUCUAAAAAUCUGUGAUGAAGAUACAUUUACCAAAGAUGAUCACCUUUACACAGUUCUCUUUGAUCUCGCUAAACUGCAAACUGGACAAACUAGUCGUGUGAGCUUCAAACUGAAUCCAGAAACACAUGAAGAGCUGGACGUAGAGUUCACAUUACAGUGCAUCCCAGACCAUCCUGAAAACAUCAUUACAAAUGGAGUAUUGGUGGCACGAGAACUUUCAUGUCUGGAGGUUAUGGUGGAUAUUAAGAAGUUGAAGCAACUAUACACAAAAGGUGAUCUGACAUUUACAAUACAGGGUUCCUAUGAAGAAACACAGAAGAUUCCACUGGCUCCAGACUCCAGCCUUAGUAACAUACAUGUCAUUCAGUUUCACUGUAUCAAGAACCAUCAAUCAAAUCUGGAAAUCACAUUACCUAAGAAGGUGCAAUUGUCAAUUCUGGGUUUAUUUAAAGACGACUCAGAAAGUAAUACCUCUGUGGUUUUACCUUUGAAUGAGCUUCCCAUAGAAGAGACAAUAACUUUAGGAGAGGACAGAACAUUUGAUCUGCAUGUAAAGACAAAAGACUGGCCAAAAGAUUUAGAUGUGCGCUUGGGGUAUGACUUGUGUGCAGAGGAACAGAAUUUCCUUAACAAGAGAAGGAAAUAUGUUGCUGCUGCUUUAGAGAAGGUUCUCCAGCUGCAGGAAGGGCUGCAGGAUGAUGAGGUACCAGUGGUGGCAAUCAUGACAACAGGUGGUGGGACCAGGUCAUUCACAGCAAUGUAUGGAAGCCUUCUGGGUCUGCAGGAAUUGAAUCUGUUAGACUGCAUUACAUAUAUCACGGGUUUGUCUGGCACAACAUGGGCUAUGGGGAAUUUAUAUGAAGAUGCUGAUUGGUCACAGAAAUACAUGGAGGAAGCCAUUAACAAAGCCCAGAAGCAAGUGUCAAAGUCCAAGUUUAACUCUUUGUGCAUGGAUAAACUGAAGUAUUAUUACAAUGAACUGAAACAAAGAACUGAAGAAGGACACAACACUUCAUUUAUAGACCUCUGGGGGCUUGUCGUUGAGUCCAUGUUUCAUGAUGAGAAAGAUAACCAUACACUCUCAGAUCAGAGAGCAGCUCUGAGUAAGGGUCAAAAUCCCUUACCCAUUUAUUUGGCUAUUAACCUCAAAGACAACUACAGUGCUCAAGAUUACAAAGAAUGGCUGGAAUUCACUCCUUAUGAAAUGGGAAGCUUUAAAUAUGGAGCCUAUAUCGGUUCAGAAGAUUUUGGUAGUGAGUAUUUCAUGGGACGACUAAUGAAGACGCUCCCAGAAAGUCGGAUCUGCUUCUUGGAAGGGAUGUGGAGCAGUAUAUUUUCUUUGGAUUUCAUGUUUUUCUGGAAUUUGGCCAAUAACUCAGAAGACUUCUGGCACAGGUGGACAAGAGACAAAAUAGAAGAAAUUGAUGAUUCUGUUCCACCUUCAAGACCACAUGAAUUGGAAACCCACAUAGUCACUUCCCAGGGCCAGCUUUCUUCUUCUCUCCGAGAUGUCUUAACAGGACGCCCAACGAUAGCAGAGUAUCCCAAUUUCCUGCGGGGCUUCCAGUUUCACAAUGAGUACUAUGAGAAUGAGCACUUUUCCACAUGGAAAAAAGAUACUGUGCUGGAUAAUCUACCUAACCAACUAAUGGAAACAGCAGAACAUCCUCUGUCUCUGGUGGAAGCUGGUUUUUUCAUCAACACCAGCUACCCACCCCUUCUGAGACCUCAGAGAAAAGUGGAUUUGAUACUACAUUUAAAUUAUAGUGGGGGCCCACAGAUCUUUAAUUUGGACCGCUUUUCCCCAUACACCUCUAAGCUUGGAAUCCCAUUUCCCAAAACUGAAUUCAGUGAGGAAGACAGGAAACAUCAGAAGGAGUGUUAUGUGUUUGAAGAUACAGAUAAUGUAGCAGCUCCUGUCGUGCUCUUUUUCCCGCUAACAAAUGAUACCUUCAGAAAAUACAAAGAGCCUGGUGUGGAACGCAGCCCCACAGAUACAGAAGGCGAUGUAGAUGUUUGUAGCUGGCUUUCCCCGUAUACUACAAAGGAGGUCACCUUCUCAGAAGAGAAUUUUCACAAAAUGAUAAAAUUGACUAGGUACAACAUUUUGAACAAUGAGAACAAGAUUGUUGAAGCCUUGCGUGUAGCUAUGAAGCGGAGAAAACAGAAGGAGUUAUAAGCACUAUUAUUGCUAGUUUGGCUGCAAUCCUAACUUAUCCUUUUGCAAAUUUGGUUGCAGCCCCAUUGAACAUCACGAGACUUAUUUGUGACUGAAUAAUAAUAAAAAGCUUU